AAAUCUGCUUGUAUAGUUAAUUGACUGAAUGAUCCAAAUCCAUAUUACCAUCAUAUGUCUAUGAGGUACUGAAUAGGCGAUCAUUUUCAAACAUUCAGGGUUUGGCUACCGUGUGAGCUUUGGUAAUGGCUCAAAAGGAUAUUGUGGCUUUUAUGGCCAUUUUAUUAAUUGUAUUAUCGACUACAAAUGCUUCCUACAUCAAUAAGCAACUGAGAGAUGCUCUACGACCACAGGUUGAUCAGAACAUACAGCGACUGAACUAUGCUAUUUACCACGCGGCUAGGAAUAAUAGACAGCAUAUACCGUAUUAUCAAGGGGUGGACGUACACGAAUAUCAUGAAAUUCACUCCUUGACCGACGUAUCCCACAACAGUCCCGACGGAAAGGGUAAAGAGGAUGAUGAUCAACAGCAAAGGCAAAGAAAGUGCAAAGGCUUCGUUUGUGAGAAUGGCGGCACCUUAAAGAUCGAGGCUGGUCAGUGUGUCUGUUCGUGUCCCAGUCCUUAUGUAGGAUUCAACUGCCAGUUUAGAGGGGACAGAUGCAAAAAAUCCGACUAUAGAGAUUGUUUCCUAAAAGAAACACACGUCGAUUUAAAAGCAGGCUAUUGGGCCGUGAACUUUCAACACCACUUCCUUGCUGCAAGAGCAAGAUACUGUGGCAUAUGUAAUGUAACAAGCGAGGAGCUUUAUAUUGGGCAUCCAUACAAACUGACCAUUGCCUAUACGCAGAAAGCUCGCCAUCAAUACCACCGCCAUAAAAUGAAUAAUGAACUAAUUGUUCUUUGGACGCCUGAAUAUAAGAAAUCCAAAACGCUGCUCACAGUGAACGUCGGUCAACGGGAAGGCAUCAACGAAUCAAAAUGUGUCAAUAUUCCUCUAGGAAUAGGCGAAAUCAUAAUACAGUUUUCAUGCAUGAAUGUCUAUACGUGCAAUAUUGUACCAUCGCAUGACACGAACUACAUCAGGAAGAAGAACACAGCGUUCUACAUUGAUGAGGUUCGCUUAGAGCCUGGGAAAUGUUAGCACAUAUACGUACACCUUUAAUUUGUCAGUAAUAAACUAAUAAACGGUUGUAGAUUUAA